GUUUGGUUUGUUUAUGUAUUUUGGCGCGUUUUUACAUCUGCUAAACAAUUCGUUCUCGUCCACCGGUCGUGACGCAUUUGGUGCUUGUUUUUAAUUGAUUACUUAAUAAAAAUGCCUGAACUGGAAGAUUCUACGACGAAAACAAAAGCUGAAUUCGAUCCCAACAUACUGCAGGACCUGUUGCCGCUAUACUACAAACGUUUGUUUCCCCACAAACAGUUUUACCGCUGGAUGUCGUACGGACGCUCUGAAUCGUCCGUGUUUUCGAAUCGAGAAUUUUCCUUCACCUUGCAGAACGAUGUGUACAUACGCUUCCAAUCGUUUGAAACGCAGCAGGAGCUUGAGCGUGAAAUAUGUUCGAAGGUUCCGGUUAAAAUCGAUAUCGGAGCGGUGUACAACAUACGCCCGAAGGACCACCGUGGCAGCGUUUCUAUGCAACCCGUCCAAAGGGAGCUGGUGUUCGAUAUCGAUAUGACCGACUACGACGACAUACGAACGUGCUGCAACGAGGCGAACGUUUGCCAGCUGUGCUGGAAGUUUAUGUCGAUCGCGUGCCGGGUGCUGGACGAAGCGCUGCGGGAAGAUUUCGGGUUCGAGCAUCUGCUGUGGGUUUUCAGUGGUCGGCGUGGUAUCCAUUGCUGGGUGUCGGAUAAGUCGGCCCGUCACCUCGAUACGGCGGCACGAUCCGCAAUCGCACAGUACUUGAACGUGUUGAUAUCCGGCGGGGAAGGCACGACCUCACGGGUCAUCAUACACGACGAGAUGCAUCACAGUGUGAAGCGUGCGUAUCGUAUCGUUGCACCACUCUUCGAAGAGAUCUGUCUGGUGGAUCAAAACAUUUUCGGCACCCCCGAAGGUGUGAAAAAGCUGCUGGCCCAGGUUCAGGAUCAAACGAUGCGGGCGGAGCUGGAAAAGCGGUUUAAAGCGGGCCCGAGCGAUUCGAAGAACGUCUGGCAGGAGUUUGUGGCGUACUUCGAAGAGCUACGCACGUCGGGCAACAUCAACAGGUACCGGCGGUACAAGUUCAUCGUGGAGGAAGUAACUCUAGCGUUCACCUAUCCCCGGCUCGACAUAAACGUUACGAAGGGCUUUAACCAUCUGCUGAAGUCGCCCUUCUGCGUGCAUCCGAAAACGGGCAAGGUGUGCAUUCCCUUCAACCCAAACAUCGCCUCCAAGUUUGACCCGACCGAUGUGCCUACCAUAACCGAUCUGUUGAAGGAGGUGAACGCUUUCGACGAAAAGAAUACGGUCGAAGGGGAGGAGAAUCGUUCGAAGAUUAAAGACUACAAGAAAACGAGCAUGUUCAAAGGGACGGUCAUAUUCGAAGAGUUUCUUCGCAAGCUGGAGCAAACGUUCAAAGGCAAGGCGGCAGCUCUUAGCGACAUGAAAAUGGAGUUCUAAGCAACGCGCAUUGCAUUUCUGGUCUGGGGAAAUAAAGGCUAUGUUAAGCGAUACCGUA